AUGGGCUACCUGCUCUUUUACUCCCUCGUGCUUUCCGUAAUCAUCGCAGGAACGGCGCUCUAUAUCACUCGUUCAAGAUGGCUUCACCUACUGCCAGUCCCCGAUUACAUCUAUGAUCGCCUCCCGUCGAGUUUCACUGCCGAUCUCGAGGCCGGGAUGAGCUCCUCUCAAUUCGACAUUUCUGCCAAUGUCGCAGACGGAGACACUCGAGCGGGUCUGGAUCAAGCAGCCAAGCGAGAAAUCCAGAGAAUUAUGAAGACCCGGCGAGUGUCUUUCGAUGAAGCUCGCCGGAUCUAUACGGAACAACGGUUCGCAAGGAACAACAUUGGCCCCGAUGGUCGGCCGAGGGACCCUAAAUUUGUCUCCUUCUCAUAA